AUUUUGUAAUAAAACAUAAAAAUAUUCUUUAAACAGUUUUGUUUUUUUAUUUCUAUUAAUUAUUUUAGAGAAUCUUCAGUGUAAAACAAAUUACUGAUAAUAUUGUCAUAAAGCAUACACAAUAUUUAAAUUAUGAAGAGAACAUAACUGGUAAUCUUACAAUGAACCAUAUUUGAUUCACAAGAAAUGAAUGAAAAGAUAAAAAAAAAAAGGAAAACAUGAAAAACGUUUAUCUGAAAAUUCAGGGGUCUACUAUACCUACCUAAAGCAUAUCUGCUUGGGCAUUUUGAUCACUGGUGAGAAGAGUUGAGAAGUUCUGGAUGGGAUGGCAUGUGAUGACAUAGGGCAAAUUAGAGUGAGGUGUCGUGAAUAAGUGUUCGUUAUCAUUCCUAAAACAAAACUUAUACAACUCUUAUAAGAUAUCAAUUUUAUUGGGAUAUAUAUUAUACUCCACAAUGAUAAAUACACGUUAAAAUCUCUAAACUUGCAUAAAUCUUUAAAAAAAAACUUGCAAACUACUUUUACAACGUGGAAGGAUAAUCAUUUUUGAAUUUAUUUACUAUGUUAACCUCCUGUAUAUUAUUAUAAAUCUCCAUUUUUACAUCUAUUCAUUUAUCAGAAAUUUUUUUUUUAUUUACUACUCUGCACUUUUAGCUCAGCAAAAUAUGCUUGAGGUUGAGAGGGUAAUGCUAAAAAAUGAUUUGGUUUUGAUCUUUUAUUGAUGUUUCUCACAAAUGAUUUUUGCUUCUAGUUUCUUGUUAAUUUUUUCGUCAAACAUGAUAAACUCAGGAAUACUGACAUUAUAAAAUAUGUUAUAUCAAUAUAUCAUAUCAUUAGAAACAUAAAGGUUUAAUACCUCUUUUGGUCCCUCGAAAGGGGGUAAAAGUUCAAUUCGGUCCUACCUUUUUUUAAAAGUUCAAUGUGGUCCCAACUUUUGUAAAAAGUGUGCAAUUAAGUCCUUUUUGGAAACGGCGUUGAGUUUUUAACGGAGCAGCUGACAGGGUGGACUGAAGUUAGCUACGUGGCUGUGUGUGGGUAAUACGUGGCUGUGAGAGGGUGAUACGUGGCUGUGAGAGGGUAAAUGUGAUAAUAUUACUGAGGUUAAGAAAUCAGAAGUUAGGGUUUGAGGAAUUGCAGAGAAAUUGGUGUUUGAGAUACGAAUGACUUCUUCUGAAGGGUGUUCGUCGUGUUCGAGAAGUUGGGGCAAAGGAUCUUCUCGGUGGUCCCAUGGUUGUGGUGUGAGAGGAGGUGGGAUAAUCCCUACUUGUUACUGUGGUGAUGUUGCUGUAACCAAAGUGGCGAGAACUACGAAGAAUGCUGGGAGAAAUUUCUGGGGUUGUCCACGUUACAAGGGUGGAUCUUCAAUUGGCAGCUCGUGUAACUUUUUCAAGUGGUGUGUUGAAGAGAAAGUUGAUGAAAAAGAUUGCACAAUGGUGAGGAGGAUAAGUCAGCUGGAAAAUUCAGUGAAGGACUUGCAGAAAAUGAUGAAGAUCUUAGUUGUAGCUUUGUGUGUGUGUAUUGUGGUGUGCCUUGUUCAGGUUCUGUUUAGGUUGAUUUAGUUAGAUUGUAACAUCCUAUGUUUUGAAAGGUGUAAGAUCAAUUAUGCAAUUCAAUGUAUUACGUAUUGACUAUUUUAAUGAGUUAAUUUCAGUGAUUAAUGUUCAAAUCA